AUGUAUCAAGCGUUAUUGUUGAAAUUACAACAAAUUAAUUCUGUUCCAUGUUUUUUACUAACAGAUGAUCCAUGUCAAGUUUUGAGUUUUAGCAUAAAUGACUAUCAACUAAAUGAAUUAAAGAAACAAGUAUGUUUUCCAUUGUCAGAUGGUUCAUUUUUUGUUAAACCUGGUGUAAAAAUUGGUUUUAAAUGUUUGCACGAUUUACUAACAAAAAAAGUUGAAGAAAAAUUAAAACAAUCAAAAAAUAUAAAAACACAAGCAACAACAACUGCUCCAUUCAACAUUUUAUCAUCAUCAUUUUCCAUGCUACCAGUAACAACAAAUACAUCAGCAUCAUUAACAACAAAUACACCACCAUCAUUAACAACAAAUACACCAGCAACACAAAUGACGCCUUCAUCAUUUCAAGAUGUACCAUCGAUAUCAAUCAUCGAACAUAAAAGGUAUUUCUUAAAUUUAUUAAAACAAUGGUGUCUGAAUCACAAGGAUCACUUUAAGCUUGACACAUUUGACUUAAAAGAUGGAAAAGAUUUUUCCUUGAAUGUUGCAUAUAAUGAAAAACAUGAACUUGAAGCUAAUGUAAGAUGUAACUGUAGUCGACUAAUAGCAUUAACAAUAAAAAAAGGAAAUGUACAGCUCUCUAAUUUUCAAAAACAUUUACGCACGACCAAUUGUACUCAUAUGAAAUCAUUGAAAAAAAUAAAUGCAGCACAAAAAAAAAUUGAACUUCAACAAACAACAACUGCCUCAUCGUCAUCUACUGCUGCCACAUUAACAUCAGCAGCUCCAAUACAACAACAAUCUAUAUUACAAGUUCCUGUUGUUGUUUCAGCUGGUGCAUCGUCAAUCAUAUCUGGUCGUUCUACAAAUAAUCCAACAACUAUUUCUCAAACAAACUCUCAAAAGCGUAGUCGGCCAUUAUCACAACUAUCAUCAUCUCAAAAAGUAAAAAGAAGUCGUAGUUCAAUUUUGUUUUUGUAUUUUUCGUAA